AUGGAACGGAUAAAAUUAAAGGCUGAACACAGAAGAAGAUUUGGAGCACUUCGAGCAAGGACGCAUUCUGCGCUGUCGCUUGCAAUACACUGUAAUGUGUUAUCAAUUGUCAAACAAAAGGGAAUAAUGAACAUCUUUCGGCUCACUGCUGAUAUGUCGCAUCUCAUUGCGAUUUUCAUUCUCUUGGCAAAGACCCGCUCGGUUUCCGGAAUAUCUGCUCGCUCCCAAAUUUUGUUUGCUAUCGUGUUCACUGCCAGAUAUCUGGAUCUUUUCACAACAUUCAUCUCCUACUACAACACUGUCAUGAAGGUGUUUUUCAUAAUUUCUUCCUAUGGAACUUUGUAUCUCAUGCUCUUCAAAUUCCGUCCUACAUAUGAGAAAGAGUCGGAUAGUUUUCGCGUUGAACUAUUGCUGAUACCCUGCGUUCUUCUAUCGUUCCUCAUCAAUCACGAGUUUUCAACAAUGGAGAUUUUGUGGACAUUCAGUAUAUACCUGGAAGCCGUAGCUAUCAUGCCUCAGUUAUUUAUGCUGCAAGCCCUUGGAUCAGCUGAGACAAUCACUGCCCACUACUUAUUCGCGCUCGGAAUGUAUCGUGCACUGUACAUCUUGAACUGGAUUUACAGGUACUACACGGAAAACUUUUUCGAUCCAAUCGCAACUGUGGCUGGAGUGGUGCAAACUGUGCUAUAUGCGGAUUUCUUCUAUCUGUAUGUAACACGUGUUGUCAGAACCCGCAAGGCCAUGGAGCUUCCCAUCUAAUGGGAGUUGCCUAUCCUACCGAGCAUUCAGAUUGCAUAGACCACCGAUACUACCAUGGCUUGCAGUUAAAGUAUAAGUUUUCUUACGAAAUAAGUUAUUUUCAAAGUCUAUUAACAGAAACAGAUCGUUUAAAUAUACAAAUGAAGAUGAAAUUCUAUUGUCUUAUCGCUGGCUAUGGUGUGAAGUGCAAUUCCUUUGCUUGCAUGUGUACCCGACGUUGUAUCUGAUCACGUGUUUUUUUAUUGAGGUUUU